UUUUGUGAAAUUCAUAAAAUCGCGUUGAUUUCGUGAAAAUACACGGACGUGGUUGCUUUCAGUUUCGGUCAUGAGCGUCUAUCCACAGCGGACCAUUGUGUUCUACGUGUAGAUUUUAAGUGAUUUUCCAUUAGUUAGUUUCAGACCAGUAUGAAUUUUCUUACUGAAUAAAAAUAUCUCCAGGAUUUUCACAGAUUUCCACUCUUGCACUGGAAAUGCGCAUAAGUGAUCUGGCUGUACAAUAAACACAAAGUGGUAGUUUUUCCAUCGUAGUGACCAGUGCUUACAGUUUUCUAUUUCGGACAUCUAGUAGGGUCUAAAUUUACUUUUAUAGGUGAUGUGAUAAAUUGCUUUGGGUGAGACGUAGAAAAUUGCAUAAAUGGAUUCGACCAUCGUGAAGAAGCAUCGCAUAACCUGACCACAGACUGAGUUUUGGAAAAAAAAAACAAUGCUAUCCAAAAACAGCCGUCCAAACCUAAGCACAGAUUGCAACACUAUAAAGAACCUUAAAAUUAAAAAGAAAACGAGCUUACCGACUAUAAAACACCCAAUCUGUAUACAAAGGGAGUUCUGAAGCUUUAACUUCUAGACGAUUGCCUUCUCUAGUUCUUGAUUGGUCCAAUUUUUCUGUUAUAUAUAAUAAUAGAUCGAUGUUAGUGCUAGAUAUAGUAUAUAUAGACAUAGUUGUGCUACAUAUAAGUUAUAUGUUACUACGGUUAAAUUGAAAGAGUGGUGCUGCAAUGGAGAAACCAGAAAUGGAGAAGGUCGGUCCUGCGUCCGAAGACGCCGGACUCAAUAGAAAUAGGAGUUUCAAAUCCAAACAGCUUGUGCGAAGCCAAGCAAUCCGUGAAUCGACAUCGCCCCCUCGAACUACUUCACCGUACGCGACAAAUAAUGGCCCGUCGACUGAGCGAACUGACACCGUGGUCAGUGACAGGACUGAUAACAGCGACUCUAGUCACAGUGGCAGGUGCAGUGUCAUCACCAGUGACCGGUGUGACAGAAAACAGCCCGUCGAAAUACAGAUAACUAGCGGUAGCUGGGAAGCGGACGUCCAAUCGGAACAAAGGCUACGCACUCGCCGAUGGCUCGGUCACCGUCCCCACUCAGACUCCUCUCGGGACCUGUUGUCCUACAACCCGCGCAUUGCGUGUGUUUGCGGGGCAUGCGCAUGUCCACACUGCAAAGGUCGUCGGAGGAAACACUUGUGUCCUACAAAGCAGGACUCCGGUAUCGCCUGCUCGGAUGACUGUCCAGAUUGCACAGACUCUGAACAAGCUGGUCCGCACGGGGAUGGUGCUAGAAAAGCUGGCAGUUUCGAUAUUGAGGAACAAUCUUUCUUCUGCAGGUGCCCCGAACGCAAAGAUUCUCCUAAGACUGUAUCACUGGGUGCUUAUGAGCAAGAGGAGCCCACUGGUCCAGAAAUAGUGAACUUCUUGAAGACCACUCUAAACAAGAACCCCAAAGAUAGAAUGACUCUGCUGAGGAUAGAGAAGGAACUGUACUCGCUUGUUAAUGAUAAAGGGCGUUGCAUAGUUCGGUUCCCGGUGAUGACGUCAUACGGCCGGAUGCUGGUACACCGGUGUGCAGCUCUUUUCCAGCUGGCCCACCAUCCGGACCAUUCGAACAAAAACUCCGUACUUGUAUCCAAAAGCGGAACAGGCGGUGGCAGGAUACCGUGCACGAGUUUCCGCGAGUGGUGCACGGCAAACUUUCCGAGAUCUCCACCACGGAGGCAUGAAGAUACGCACGCAAAGUCAAUACUGAAGCGUUGCGAAGGCGGCUCGGGUUCCAUACCAGCUGUAUCAGGAGGUAGAAGUAAAUCGCUCGAACAACGAGAGAGGGAGUACGAGAGAGUGAGACGAAGGAUAUUUAGCACGGAUAACUGUACGCAAGAUGAAACUCAGUGGCCCUGGCUCGCCAACGGACCAGUGAAGCUACUGACGCCGGACAGUGGAAGACACAAACUGUUAAAAGUGCAGUCCCUGGAAAGCCGUGGUGGCCCGGAAUCAGCGACCCGCGGGCCAGUGUCGAAAAGUCAUAGUUUCGGCGGCUACACCGCGGAACCACCGCAGCAAAGGAUAUUAAGCAAACAAGGUGACCAGGCGUUAAGUAGUUGGCGCUUAUCCCCUUCUAGUUCUGGGUACAAAACCCUCAGUCUACGGAGCACAGACUCCGUUACUCCAUCGCCCUCUCCGACAGGUGGUACAAGUCCGGAGCCGGCGAUGGAAGGCACUACCCUCGUGUGGGCCGUCACCAACAUGGCCGCCGUGCCACCCGGCGCACUCGUUAUUCACCCCCAGACUUGUCGCCCAAUCACCAACCCCGAUGGUAGUGUCUACCAUUUUGAUCCGAACAACCCGCCAACUUUGUUCAACACCGCUGCCAAUGUAGCGAAAGAUGAUAAGAUCGAUCCAAACAACGAAACUAGGAGGGGGAAGUUGGAGAAACAACAUUCAUUUAUAGACAACGAAUGUGACUGUCAACCCACAGAAGAAUGCCGCAACAAAUGCUGCUGCGAGUGUCGAAGACACGAAUGCUGUCCGAGAGAUACAAGUGAAAAGAGCUCACCACAACAACCAAAGUCAACAUCUAACCCAAUGACUCCAGUAGAAGCCAGGCCAGAUGUCAUAUCAAAGGAAUCAAAAUCGGAAACGCCACUAAUCCGAAACCAACCCGAACAAAAAAUCAAUCAAUUCGAAACGACUCAAAGGGAGCCACCAAUACCAAUAGAAACACAAAUAGGUUACGAUGUUUCAAACUCAGCCAAUCAAUCGCCCUGCAACCCAAGGCCAUUAGAAUCAACCAGUCACAGGCCGGUAUACGAGCAGACUGUUUACGAAUCACCCAGUCAGGGGGCUUUUGAUAAUCGUGUCGAUAAUAGAUUCGAAUAUCAAAAUCCGAGAUUUGUCAGAAUGCCGGAUGAAGCGUUCCAACAAACCUAUGUGCAGGGAUACAGGAAUGAAGAUAUAAUAUCCCCACAAUCGGUGAUGAACUACACUCAAGGGGAUUUGAUGGAGAUGCAAAACAUGAUGCAGGCGAAGGUUACACCUAUACCCGUGCCCGAUCCCAAUAUGCGGCCGAUUACACUGGCAAACGUGGUGUAUCCGACGUCGAUGCCGCCUCCCAACGUGUAUCCCUACGUCAACCCGUGCAGAAUCGAACAGUCUAUCCAACCGGCACCGCUAUACCAGCCGUUAAUACAGACUGAAGAGCCGAAGCAGCUCACGUCAUCACCCCAAAACGAGAACACCUUCAGAAUCGAUCCAAGUUAUCCGUACGCGGCGGAUUUUGGGUCCGCUUGUGGAGCGUGCGACACAGCGAACAUACAGCAGCCUCGAGGGUAUAACGUGCCGUACGCACAAGUGGAGGCGCCGCCGGGCAUGCAGCAGUACGCCGUGCCCAAUGUGCUGAUCCAACAGCCAAUGCAGCAUUACCAGUAUCAAGAACCGAUUCCACUCCAGUGGCAGAACAUCCAACCGACUACCAUAAGCUCGCCGGCUGCGCCUAAAGUGAUGCUGCACGAUUUGUACCACCCGGUCGUCUACCCCAACGUGUACCAGCCCUACAACAUCGUGUAUCCUCAGGUGAUACCGCAAGCGUACCCAAUAGUCCAGCAGGUGUACCCGAUUAUAGACAAGCAGCAAGAACCACGGCGGAACUUCCCCCGCCCCAGGCGAGAGUUCACCCGCACCCCCCAGACUCCCUCCGAUGAAAAGUACGACGAGACAAAAAGAGAAGAGCGACAGAGCGAGAUAGCUAUGAAGAUUCAGCAGAUUAAAGAUCAGAUGGCGCAGUUGAAUACGAACGAUACAGGGAGAAAUGACUGGAGAAGGAGGAAUAGUGGGAGUGGUAUCUUGGGGAGCUAUCCUGUCAACUUUAACGGGAGAUUUAUGGCGCCGUCACACGAUGAAGUUCAAAUGAACCCCGCUGCGCGUGCGAUUGUUCAUUCGAUACGAAGCAUACACCCCAAGAGUAAUUAUUAUCAACAAGAUAACCGUCGCUUCGAGCCGCGCGGCGACCGCGGGCGCGGUUUCCGCCCGUUUGGACCGAGCCGUCGCGACGCGUUCGACAACGAAGACCGCAGGGACCGGCGACCACAGCAAACGCCGCUCUACCGCCCGCCGUAUCUGUUCAGACAGAUGUCGCCUAGUACGUGGUGCAGACGGUCACCCGGGCCCGUGCCUUCUCCUUUCAACCAACCGCGUCGAACUUACCCGGACACUAGAAGCGUGCGUCGCUGAACCAAAAAAAAAAUAUAAAUUUAGUUAUAAAUAAUUUACCGCAGACAUAUCCCAAUAUUACACGAUCCUUGUUGAUAAAAAAUAACUUCCAAUUAAAUAACAAAAAAAAAUUUGAUUGAUUUAUUUAUCUUCAAAAAAUUAGGUAAUAUGUUUUAAGUGGGAAAAAUGUAUUU